ACUUUAAAACAGGAAGUAUCCGAAGGAGGGCCCUGGUGACGCGCAGGAGCCAAUGGCGGCGGCGCGGCCGUCGCCGAGAGGGCGGUGCGGCCAAUGAGGCGGCCGGAGGCGAGGAUCGGUGUCAAAUAGCAGGAUAGAUUGAAUGCCUUUGCCUGUUAAAGUGGAAGGAGGCUGCAGGGCUCCGGCGGAGGCCGCCUCGGAGUUUUUUACUGAGGCAGGGGUCAGCUGAAAGACAAAGAAAAAUGGCGAAUAGUUUGGUGGGGGGGCCGCGGUUCGCCCUCGCCCUGGAGUGGACCUUCCCGGCUCCUCGCUCGGCAUCUCCUGCGCCUUUUGUUUCCUCCGUCCUUGGGGGGAGGGCUACUAGCAGUGACUUAAUUUCUCCCUGUCCGAGGAGAGAUAUAAAUAGCUCCAUGUAAAAUUAAUGCAGUUCCCGUUGCAGAUUCUGGCAAGUUUGUUGUUAACUGACAAGCAAGAGAGCCUUGGAGUUGUGGGGUCUAUUCUAACUCCUUCGACCAGAAGUCCAGGACUUCACGGGAAAGUUGAAGGUGAAGGAGGGAACAUCGGAGAGGCCUAGACAAAGCAGCCUACGGGGGCCCAAAACUUUGGUUACCAGAAUGUCCACUGAUGGAGGGUUUGGCAGUACCAGCAGCAGUGAUGCUCAGCAGAGCCUACAGUCCUUCUGGCCUCGUGUCAUGGAAGAAAUCCGAAAUUUGACAGUGAAAGAUUUCCGUGUGCAAGAGCUUCCACUAGCUCGUAUUAAGAAGAUCAUGAAACUGGAUGAAGAUGUAAAGAUGAUAAGUGCUGAAGCCCCUGUGCUUUUCGCCAAGGCCGCCCAGAUAUUCAUCACUGAGUUGACGUUACGGGCCUGGAUCCACACAGAAGACAACAAACGACGGACGCUCCAGAGAAAUGACAUUGCCAUGGCGAUUACAAAAUUUGACCAGUUUGACUUUCUCAUCGAUAUUGUUCCAAGAGAUGAACUAAAACCUCCUAAGCGUCAGGAGGAGGUACGCCAAUCUGUGACUCCUGCGGAGCCUGUCCAGUACUACUUCACUCUGGCCCAGCAGCCUGCGGCCGUCCAGGUCCAGGGCCAGCAAACUGGCCAGCAGACCACCACCUCCACAACCACCAUCCAGUCAGGACAGAUCAUCAUCGCCCAACCUCAGCAGGGCCAGACCACCCCUGUGACGAUGCAGGUUGGAGAAGGCCAGCAGGUGCAGAUUGUCCAGGCCCAACCCCAGGGCCAGACCCAGCAGGCACCAAGCAGCACAGGACAGACCAUGCAGGUGAUGCAACAGAUCAUCACCAACACGGGGGAAAUCCAGCAAAUUCCGGUGCAGUUAAAUGCCGGCCAGCUGCAGUAUAUCCGCUUAGCACAGCCUGUAUCAGGCACCCAGGUUGUUCAGGGACAGAUCCAGACUCUUGCGGCUAGUGCACAGCAGAUUACCCAGACAGAGGUCCAGCAAGGACAGCAGCAGUUUAGCCAGUUCACAGACGGCCAGCAGCUGUACCAGAUCCAGCAGGUCACCAUGCCAGCAGGCCAGGACCUCGCGCAGCCCAUGUUCAUCCAGUCGGCUAACCAGGCCUCUGACGGGCAGACCCCUCAGGUGACGGGCGACUGAGCCCGGCUGGGGCCUCGCCCAGCACAGCCAGUGCACAGGGCCACACAGACUCCAUUUCUGCCACUGUGGCCUGGCUCAAGUGUCCCACCACCCACAGAGCCUCCCGCAGGCAAAGACACUGGUGCACAUAGCCCAUGCUGCGGGCUAGCAAAUCGCCAACUGAAAGAUGCAAUAUUUUUUCAUUUCCUUUUUGUCUUUUUGUUUUUGUUUUUAAAGGAAUCAAUAUUUCAAUAUGUUGAGCUGUAUGUCCAAUGCUAUUGAAAUGGGAAAAUAUUCCAUGAUAACAUAUUUAUAGCAUUUCCUGAGGAAUGUGGCUGCCAAAGUCUGCCAUCCUCAUGCCCCUUCCUCCCAAGAGCAGCUCUCCAGGCAUGGGAGUAGCCAACAGGCUCCCAUAACAGCUGCCUUAACCUUUACUUGCCACCUCUGGCCAAUGCACCCACUCCCCUAGGUCACCGGUUGGCUGGUCUGUUCUUCCCUGCCCCUAUCCAGAGCGCUAAGCAUCUGCCUCUGGAAGCUGCAGAAACAGUCCUCAUGUUCAAAGAUGAACUUGCCUCCAGGCACAGUGUCUCGUUUCUUCUGGACCCCUCUGUCCCAAGGAAACUGGGGCUUGCUUUCUCCUUCCUUCCUUCCUUCCCUCCCUCCCUCCCACUGCCCACCCCUAUUUUUUCCCCUCAAGAAGCAAAUUAAUAAUUGUGCUCGUCUCCUCCGCUGCAUGGACUUCAAACUGCAUGAAUUGAAAUGCAAUGAAUAAAGCUCCUUUUUAGAGAA